CAUUGUUCCUCAGUAGCAGCUGAGUGCACCUAUACAUCCACCUCUGUGGAGGAAGGGCUAUUCAUCCAUCUGAGCCACCAACAGGUGGACAAAGGGGACAAACAGGCAGGUAGAUAAAACCCUAUCCAGUGCAGUCAGCUCUGCUGUUGACACUUUGAUGUGUAUUAUACGGCUCGGGUUUCCUGGUGGUUUCAGAGGAAAUUAGGGAUUGAUUCUGGAUCAUACGGGGCUCUGGGUUUCACUGUGAGGCAGGGCACGGCUGAGGAUGGAUCCUGGAGGAACAUUAAUAUGAUAACUGUAGAAAAACCAUCAAGAUGGACAUGGAGUGAGGUGCUCCUCUAACAAAUGAAUUUUCAAGUAUGCAGCUGACCUCAGUUUUGGCUAAAGGGAGGGACAACCUGCCAGCCAGCUUCUUUUUGCUAUGACUGACAUGCUGUAUGAAUGUCUCAGUAGUACUGCUACCAUUGAAGGAUUCCUGAAGGAUUCAAUUCUACAAAGAGUCAAAUGGAGAAGAAAUACCCUGUAAUAGCAGGAAGAGAAAAGGGGCCAGGGCCAGGGCGCUAUGGGCUUCCUCCCACCAUCGGAUUCAUGGGCCACGACUUCACCAAGCCAACGAGCCCUGCCUAUUCUUUCCAUGGCAGGAUGAGUGACACCAUGUAUUGUGUAGACUCAAGUCCAGGGCCGCAGUAUCACAUCGAUGCAAAGGUCACUCGCUUUGGAAGGGAUGGCACACCUGCAUACUCAAUGUUGGGCAGAGUGAAAGCACAGAAGGAGCUCUUCCAGACACCUGGACCCGGUGCAUACAGCCCUGAGAAGACCCCACCAUGCAACCUCCAGCGCAGACCCCCGUCCUACACAAUGGGCGCCCGUACACACUACCGAAGCGUGGACGCAGUACCUGCUCCUAACAAGUACUGUCUCCCUCCGCUAAUGGGCCCUCAAGUCCCGAACAAGCAAGCCAGCGCAAGCUACACAAUGUCAGGUAGUUUCAGCACAGGGGGACCUUCUGUGGAUUUAGCCAAGACGCCAGGGCCUUGCAGGUACAACAGUACGGACCCGAGUGUUUAUCUACCCAGACAGCCGGCGUAUUCCAUGCUGGGACGCCACAGCUUACCCAGAGAUGCCACAGAGAAACCCGGUCCUGGAACUUACAAUCCAGAGAAAGUAACAGUUCACAAGGCUCGGGCACCAGCCUACUCCCUGGGUGUCAGACACUCUGAAUUUGUUACCCCACUUGUUGUCAAUGUUUCUGACUGAACACC